UCUUCCAGACACUGACAGCAGCCGGACGCACGCAAGAGAGGGUGGAAAGGAGCCAAAGCGCAGCGAUGGGGUCCCACUUUCUGUUCCAAGCUUGUGUCCUUCUGGGGGCACUCAUGUUCUCCUCAAAAGGUGCCUUGGCCUUGGAGUGCCACAGCUGCGUGGACGUCGGCGAUGGUGGCUGCAGCCCAGAGAAUAUGAAGAAAAUGAAGUGCUCAGGGGCCACCAAGGUGUGCAUGGAAACGGUGGCUGCCGUGCAGUGGAGUCACGGGAAUUUCUUGAUUGGCGAGAAGGGCUGCGGCCUGGGCAUGCCCGGGCAAAACGACAAAGCGGUUGAGCUACACGGCAUCAUCGCCUUCUCCCAGCUGUACCAGUGCAACAGCAGCCGCUGCAACAAUAAACUGGACCUCAAAGCUCUGCAGCUGCAAACCACGGGUAACGAGACUGCAAUGGUUCCGAACGGGGUGGAAUGUUACAGCUGCCAUGGCGAGGAGUGUUCCACGGACAAUGCUACCAUCGUCAAGUGCUACGAUUCCUUCCGGGGUUGUUUCCAUGGCAACAUCACUAUGAGAGCUGGCAAGUUCUCAUUGACCAGGCCCAUCAAGGGUUGUGUUCAGGAUGAGGAGUGCACCAAGGUCACAAGAGGAAGCCCGACCAUCACGCUUGUGGGUUCCUGUUGCUCCGGUAACCUUUGCAAUGUCGACCUCUCCAACAAGACUUACUUCGCUCCCAAGAUUCCACGACUUGCUGUCUUGCCCGAUCAAAGUAACAAUGGCACCACUGAAGAAGCUACCCCUGGGUACAUCCAGGACAGUUUGCCAGCUCCUACUGAUGCCAACAAGGAGACCCCCUCUGUCGCUGGGACCCCAUCCCUGCUUGAUCGCAAUGACCAUGACCACGACCACGAGCAUGACCACGACCAUGACCACGAUCAUGACGCCAACGAUGAAGCAAACUUCUCAGUGAGAAAUGAGUAUUUUCUUAAUGCUGUAAAAGUCGAGGAGCGCAAGCACCAAGAGCAAGCACCGACAACGUAUUCCAAUUCUGUGAGCGGCUUAGGGGGAUCGAUUUUGCUGGUCUUGCUCUUAGCUGGGUUGCUUAUGUGAGGGGAAGAGCGAGGAAACCAGCCUCAUCUCUCAGUUCAGUUCCAACCCAAUCCAUUUUGCUAUGACUUUUUCUCACUCAAAUUAGGCUUUGGCCUACACAGGCUGGGCAUCUUGUUUUGAAACCAGCAUUUUGGCCUCUAACUGGGGGUGGGGGGUGGGGUAGGGUACAAGUUCUACACAACACGUUUAGCCUAUCAGAAGUACAUUUUCAUUCAAGCACCUUCUGCUGCCUUGUUUCCACAGCCGCUCUCUCACAGCAGCUCGGAAAGGAUGACUAAAAUUUGAUACCAAACCAACGGGGCAGAGUCUUGUGUUAUAUAGCUAUGUGUAACAAAACUCAGUUUUGAGUUUACAGAGCAUUGUCAGAUUCCUUUCAUACACUGGGGCUCUGUGCAGGCUCAUUUUCAAGCACCAUCACACUUGGCGCCAACACAACGGCGGCCAUUUUGUUCCUGUCCUUCCAGGUGGUCAUUUUCCUGGGCCAUUUUUGGUGUAGCUUACCAGCUUAGUUCUCUCUGUAUUUGGCUCUGUAUCAAAUUAAAGCUUUAAAGGACAUAUAAUAGAGGAUUUUAGGCUUUGGGGGACUCAGUAAGGGCUGUUAAGGUGGCUUCUGGUGUCUAGAUAUGUCCAGAUGUCCUCUUAGAUAGACUGAUGGACCACCAGGUCACUUUGGAUUUAAUAAGAUGAAGCCUUAAAUCCAGACCGUAAUGUAGAAACUUGCUAGGGGGCAUUGACUCCUCCACAACUCCUCCAAACCUUGGCAGUCAAGCUUUGGUUGCCAACCAAGUGCCAGCUUGCUCUGUCUGGUCUUUAUCAGUAAAGGUGCCUGCUGAUGACUUACACUUUGGUUCAUCAGUAUUCUAGAAAUCAUUGCUAGUGAGAAUUACAGCUAAAGCAAUAUAUAGGUGCUAAUUCUUUUUUCUUUUUUUUACCCAUUUUAUUUUCUCUGUGCUGGUACUUGAGUAUCAAAGGGAUUGAUAGCCCCACAGGAUAUGGCAGACCUUAUCUACAUAGAACAACGAUCUAAAUAUCAAUUGUUGCAAGACAGUAAAGUCCCGAUGACUUUGCCUCAUGAAGAACUUGUGGGAAAUUACUUGCAAAACGAGACAUUUGCUGAUGCUCUAGGAUGCAUGAGGUCAGUUUAGGACUGAAACAAAAUGUCCCAAACAUCGGGUGAACUGUCAAAACAUUUGACAAUUGGUUCUUGAUCCCAAAAUUUAACAUUUGAAUUCUGGAAUCGAAAUUUGAAAUGGAUCUAUUUUGGGGUUUUUUAGCAUCUUCUAAAGGGGAACAUUGCCUGAUUGGUUAAGUGAACGGAUGAUGCGAACUGAAAAUUCGCUGAUUCGGCCACUUGUUUUCUUUCGGAGGCUUUCAAAUAUCUUUUGUAACCAUUUGUAACCAUCAGAUAUCAGAAAUGCCAUCAGAUAUGGACCUGUUUCCCGCGGCAGGUGAAAAUGUAGCUGCUCUUCUACUGUUUUUGUAAAUAGUUUUGGAUUCUACUGUUGCCAAGAUCAGAAACAUCAGGGGGGCAUAAAAUAAAAGUUAUUUAUC